AGUAUAUAUAAAUUGUUUUUGGUUGUGACAUGAGAUAAUGAUGCUACAGAUAUGUAUAUAUGGCUCAUUUUGGAUUCCUUAUCCAACGAAAUCUCCAAAACUAUCUUUCAAAAAAAAAGAAGACACUGUUAACACACAAACCCAUCAGUGGCAGAGAAAAUGAAGACAAUGAUGCUACCCAAUGCAAAACUCUCGACCGCAUCCGCAAGAUUUCAACCGUCGCCUGUAGAGCCACCGCAGCCCAGCCGGAGAACCGCCGGAGGAGCCUCUCCGUCGCUCGAACUCAGCUGUAGAUUAUCACGCCGGAAUCUAAGUAAAUCCUCGUUGCUUCUACUCCUCGGUACUCAGAUUACUCUGACGCCAUUGUUCGACCUCUCUAAAGCCCAAGCAGAUACAAUCUCUCCAGAAAUCGAUAAUCCACCGAAUUGCGGAAAUAGAGUAUUGACUAAGAAAGCAUUCAUUGACGUAUCCAUCGACGGAGAACCAAUCGGACGGAUCAUAAUCGGUUUAUACGGCGACGACGUGCCGGCGGGAACUGCCAGAUUCAGCAGCAUCGUGAGCGGAAAAGCCGGAAUCAGCUACCGGAGAAAAGAGUUCGUGAAGAUUAUGCCAGGAUACGUCCAGCACGGCGGAAUCAGAUCGUACGGCGCCGAUGCAGAUCGAGCAACCGCCGCAGCUGGGAGCCUACAAAACCUAAUCGAGGAAUGGGAGAGAGGGAAAAGAGGAGAGAGAUGCAAGGAAAUCAAGGCGGGAAGCGUUGGAAUCGUGGUGAGGGAUCCGUCGAAACCGCCACCGAAGACGAAGCUGGUGGCGAGGAACGGGAAGCUUGAGGUGGAGGAAGAGGAAAUAGCGGUGGGGCCUAACGGAACGGAGUUUGUGAUUACGGCGAGUGAUUCGCCGGAGCUGGAGGAAUCGGUGCUGGUGAUUGGGGAGGUGUUGGAAGGAAAGGAAGUUGUGGAGAAGAUGAGGCAAGUGAAGACGGUGAGGGAUAAUACAUCCUCUCCUUAUUUCAGGGUGGCUAAGGUGAUCGGAGAUAAGAGAGCCGUGGUGGCGGAGAGAGGCUUUAAUCGGCCUUAUUCAAAAGUCCUAGUCACCAACUGUGGUCUCAUUGACUCUCAAUGACCUCAUGACUUGGUCAAAUCCUUGCUUUUUUGGGAAUUUUUUCUCUUUUGGUUUGGAAAUGUCGAUUUCGUAUAUCUUUCAAGUAAUUAAGGUUCUGAUUGGUAUCAAAACUGGCUAAAGAUAAAUUUUGUUAUGUA